CUAUGCUUUUUAUUUUUCUGUAUUUCUUUUCUUUUUCACUUGCAACACCCAUUGAAGCUGGACUUUAAUCUCUGUCUCCCUUGCAGGCUGAAUGAUCUGCCUGUGCCUGGCCCUGCCUGACCCCAGGCAACUCCCCAGUGAUCAUGUGGUGGCUGCUCCUUCCUGUCACCAUCGUGGCUGGUGUCCUGCUCUCCUGGCCACCCCCUGUUUGGGGCACCCGUGUCGUCUUCACGGUCACAGACAUGGCCCUCACCCAUCUGGCUGUACACCAUGAGACCGGGGAGGUCUACUUGGGUGCCGUCAACCGCAUCUACAAGCUCUCAGCCAACCUGACCCAGAUACGGGCUCACACCACGGGGCCAGUGCCGGAUGACCCCAGAUGCUACCCUCCCCCAGGUGUCCGGCUCUGUGCCCAUCGGCUCUCCCCUGCUGACAAUGUCAACAAGCUGCUCCUGAUUGACUAUGCUGGCAACCGUCUUGUGGCCUGUGGCAGCGUUUGGCAGGGAGUAUGCCAGCUCUUGCGGUUGGAGGACUUGGCCAAACUAGGGGAGCCUCACCAGCGCAAAGAGCACUACCUCUCGGGGGGCCGUGAACCAGAUGCCAUGGUCGGUGUGAUUGUGGAGCAGCUGAGAGAGCCCAGCCAGUUCUUUGUGGGCACUUCAAUCGGAGGACGUUCGGAGUAUUUCCCCACGCUCUCCAGCCGUCGGCUCACUCCUGAUGCCACCAGCCCAGAGAUGUUCAGCCUGGUGUAUCAGGACGAGUUUGUGUCUUCUCAAAUCAAGGUCCCUUCCGACACUCUCUCGCUUUACCCCGCCUUUGAUAUCUACUAUGUGUCUGCGUUUGUGUCUGGCGGUUUUGUGUACUUCCUCACUUUGCAGCUUGACACCGCUCAGACGCCCCUCGAGCCCGCCGGAGGUCCCGUUGGCCCUGGCGCGACAGGUGGAGAGCGCUUCUUUUCAUCCAAGAUUGUGCGCCUGUGUGCCAAUGACACAGAGUUCUACUCUUAUGUGGAAUUUCCUCUGGGCUGCUCCAAGGACGGGGUGGAAUACCGUCUGGUCCAAGCGGCUCAGCUGGCCAAAGCUGGCCGACAAUUGGCCGAGUCGCUGGGCAUUGCAGAAGGGCAAGAUGUGCUUUACGCCGCCUUCUCGCAAGGCCAGAAGAACAGGGCAGCACCACCCCGGGAGAGCCUGCUCUGCCUUUUCACGCUGGAUGAAGUCAAUCAACGCAUCCGUGAGCGUAUCCAGUCAUGCUACCGUGGGGAAGGGCGACUCUCUCUACCGUGGCUUCUCAACAAAGAGUUGCCCUGCAUCAACACGCCCAUGCAGAUCAAUGGCAAUUUCUGUGGGUUGGUACUGAACCAACCCCUAGGAGGGCUGCAGGUCAUUGAGGGACGCCCGUUGCUCCAGGAACAGACCGAGGGCAUGGCCAGUGUUGCUGCUUAUACCUAUCGGGGCCAUUCGGUCGUCUUCAUUGGAACCCGUGCUGGCAACCUGAAGAAGGUUCGUGUGGACAAUCCGGAUGAGGCCCAUCUUUAUGAGUCUGUGCCGGUGGUGCCUGGAGAGCCUGUGCUGCGUGACAUGGUCCUGAGCCCUGACCAACGCUACCUCUAUUUGCUCAGUCAGAGACAGUAUUGGUACGAUGGUGAGGAGUUGGGUGAACUCCCUCUGGACUUCGAUGUCAUUUGGGAUGGAGAUUUUGCCAUUGACAAGCCACCAGGAUUCAAAGGUACCAGUUCUGGGUAUUGA